AUGCACCCGAACCAAUUUUACCAGUGUUUGCGGAAAGUGCAGAAGCUGAUUAUCCUAUAUUUUGGGUAUCAAUCGGUUCACGGGCUGUCGGUAGUUGCUAUUUCCUGCCUCAAAACGGAUCAUCCUCGCAAACGGGGCAGCCCUCCUUCAUCGGUCACCGACGAUUCCUCGUCCUCGUUACUCUUGUCAGCGUCUGCCGGGGGCCGCGGGGGAGGAGGUGGUAGUGGAGGAGGAGCUGGUGGUGGAGGUGGCGGAAGUGGUGUUGGUGGUGCUGGUCGAGCAAGUGGCAGCACUGCCGGUACAGCGAGCGGUGGAGCAGCAGUUUCGGAAGGUGGUAGAGGCAGAAGCAAGGGCAGAAAAGGAAGUGUAGCCGCUGGAGGAGGCGGAGGAGGUGGAGGAGUUGGUGGUGCUGGUGGCAGUGUAGUGGGAGGAGGUGGUGACGCAGAUCGGAGCAGUGGUGGCGCAAACGGCAACGGCGGGCAUAAACCCGGCAACGGCGACUACCACGACUACGACGGGCUCAUCAUAUGA